UGUUUUAUUGUUGUGGUGCAGCUGAUUAGAAAAAAAAAACAAUACGAAUAAGAAUAAUAAAAGCUGCAGAAGAAUAAAACAAUAAAAGAAGGCAGACUGUUUUGCAUUUGAAAUCGACGCUCUAUUGAAAAACUGUUGUUCUCCACUAGUGCGUGUUCAAAUCUGAGGGGAGUAUAUUAGAGCCCAGAGUCGGCCAGAGUUUUAGUUUCUAAGCGAACAACAACUGAGAAGGCAUGAUUUUAAGACGGAGUUCAGUUCUCGCUGCGUUUUCUUUAAAUACCUUUUUACUAUGCUUGCGGACCAAGGUGUCUUUAGCAUCGGGACAUUUCGAGUUACAAAUCUUGUCGAUGCAGAACGUGAACGGCGAAUUACAGAACGGGCUUUGCUGCGAUGGCUCUCGGAAUGCUGGGGAUAGCAAAUGUGUGAUGGAUGAAUGUGAUACUUAUUUCAAAGUCUGCUUGAAGGAAUACCAGUCCAGAGUUUCUGCAGCAGGGCCUUGCAGCUUUGGAUCCGGAUCUACCCCUGUCAUCGGUGGAAAUACAUUUUCUUUAAAGCACAUCAAGAAUAAAGAAAAAGCCAGGAUUGUAUUGCCUUUCAGCUUUGCUUGGCCGAGGUCCUACACUUUGAUUGUCGAAGCCCUGGAUUUCAACAAUGACACGAACAACGAUGCUGGAGUAAAUGUGAUUGAGAAGGACGUCCACUCGGGUAUGAUCAACCCAAACCGUCAGUGGCAAACUCUAAAACGCAACGGCCCUGUCGGCCAAUUUGAGUACCAGAUUCGAGUAACUUGUGAUGAGCACUACUAUGGCUUUGGAUGCAACAAGUUUUGUCGGCCAAGGGAUGCAUUCUUUGGGCACUAUACCUGUGAUCAAAAUGGCAACAAAACCUGCCUGGAGGGCUGGUCAGGACCGGAUUGCAAUACAGCAAUGUGCCGUCAGGGCUGCAGCAACGAACACGGCAUCUGUAAGCAUCCUGGAGAGUGCAGGUGCCUCUAUGGUUGGCAAGGGCAGUAUUGUGAUAAGUGUAUUCCGCAUCCCGGAUGUGUCCAUGGCACUUGCGUUGAACCAUGGCAAUGUCUCUGUGAAACCAACUGGGGUGGUCAGCUUUGUGACAAAGACCUUAACUAUUGUGGAACUCAUCAACCCUGUUUGAAUGGUGGCACCUGUAGUAAUACAGGACCUGACAAAUAUCAGUGUUCCUGCCCCGAAGGCUAUUUCGGAAUCACCUGUGAAAAGGCGGAGCAUGCUUGUCUCUCAGAUCCCUGCUCUAAUGGAGGAAGUUGUGUAGAAACAAGUUUUGGAUAUGAGUGCCAAUGUGCCCCUGGCUGGGCUGGGCCAUCCUGCAUGACCAAUAUUGACGACUGUGCCCAUAACCCCUGUAAUCAUGGAGGAACCUGCCAAGAUUUGCUUAACGGAUUUAAAUGUGUUUGCCCACCACAGUGGACUGGAAAAACAUGCUUGAUAGAUGCCAAUGAAUGUGACGGCAAUCCUUGCGUGAAUGCCAACUCUUGCCGCAACCUGAUUGGUGGAUACUUUUGUGAAUGUAUGCCAGGAUGGAAUGGUCAAAACUGUGAUACCAAUAUUAAUGAAUGUCAUGGGCAGUGCCAGAAUGGUGGAACCUGCAGGGAUUUGGUUAAUGGCUAUCAUUGUGUCUGUCCACCCGGCUAUGCAGGAGAGCAGUGUGAGAAAGACGUCAAUGAAUGUGCAAGCAACCCUUGUCUGAAUGGAGGUCGCUGCCAGGAUGAAGUCAAUGGAUUCCAAUGCCUAUGUCUUGCUGGUUUCUCUGGAAACCUCUGUCAGUUGGAUAUAGAUUAUUGUGAACCAAACCCUUGUCAGAAUGGAGCGCAAUGUUACAACCUGGCAACAGACUACUUCUGUAGCUGCCCUGAAGACUAUGAAGGAAAAAACUGUUCACAUUUAAAAGACCAUUGCCGCACUACACCAUGUGAAGUAAUUGACAGCUGCACUGUUGCAGUAGCCUCUAACAGCACACCUGAAGGGGUCCGUUACAUCUCCUCAAAUGUAUGUGGGCCGCAUGGAAGAUGCAAGAGUCAAGCAGGGGGCAGAUUUACCUGUGACUGCAAAGAAGGCUUUACUGGAAUUUAUUGCCAUGAGAACAUCAAUGAUUGUGAAAGUAAUCCCUGCAAAAAUGGUGGCACAUGCAUUGACAAAGUGAGCAUUUACCAGUGCAUCUGUGGUGAUGGCUGGGAAGGAGUUCACUGCGAGGCCAACAUCAAUGACUGCAGCGUGAAACCUUGCCACAAUGGAGGCACAUGUCGAGACUUGGUUAACGAUUUUUACUGUGAAUGCAAGAAUGGGUGGAAGGGGAAAACAUGCCACUCCCGUGAAAGCCAGUGCGAUGAAGCUACAUGCAACAAUGGUGGAACUUGCUAUGAUGAGGGAGACACCUUUAAGUGUAUGUGCCCACUGGGGUUGGAAGGUGCUACCUGCAACAUAGCAAAAAACAGCAGCUGCCUGCCAAACCCAUGUGAGAAUGGUGGCACCUGUGUAGUGAGCGGAGAUUCCUUCACUUGUGUAUGCAAAGAAGGCUGGGAAGGAGCUACCUGCACACAGAAUACCAACGACUGCAACCCACAUCCCUGCUACAACAGUGGAACUUGCGUUGAUGGAGACAACUGGUACCGAUGUGAAUGUGCCCCAGGCUUUGCUGGCCCAGACUGCCGGAUAAAUAUCAAUGAAUGCCAGUCUUCUCCAUGUGCAUUUGGAUCUACUUGUGUGGAUGAAAUUAAUAGUUACCGCUGCAUCUGCCCACCUGGUCGUAGUGGCCCAAGAUGUCAAGAAGUUAUUGGAAGGCCUUGUAUCGCCGAUGGUCGUGUCCCAUCAGAUGGCUCCAGGUGGGAGGAAGACUGCAACACAUGCGAGUGCCUAAAUGGAAAAGUCACAUGUACAAAGGUGUGGUGUGGUCCUAAAUCUUGUCGAGUGCACAGUAAGGGUCUCAAUGAGUGCCCUGCUGGACAAACCUGCAUUGCAAUAAAGGAUGACCACUGCUUUGUGCCUCCUUGUGCUGGACUGGGUGAAUGCUGGCCUUCCAAUCAGCCACCAGUUAAAACCAAAUGCCAUCCCAGGUCCAAUUUCCUGGACGACAGCUGCGCAAAUAUCACUUUCACCUUUAAUAAGGAGAUGAUGCCACCAGGGCUCACCACAGAACAUAUUUGCAAUGAGCUGAGGCACCUUUAUGUUGUGAAGAACCUUUCCUUGGAAUAUUCUGUCUACAUGGCCUGUGAACCCUCUCCUUCUGCUAAUAAUGAAAUCCAUGUGGCAAUAUCCACAGACGUCCAGAGACAGGACAGGAAUCCAAUUAAAGACAUAACUGAUAAAAUUAUUGAUCUCGUCAGUAAACAUGAUGGAAACAACACUAUUAUUGGCGGUAUUGCUGAAGUUCGUGUACAGAGGAGAGAACCAGUGAACAAAACUGAUUAUUUGGUGCCAUUGCUAAGCUCUGUUUUCAUUGUCGUUUGGAUCCUUGCCUUGGUCACAGCCUUCUUGUGGUGCAUGCGUAGACGAAGAAAGCAGAGCAGUCACACACACGCAGCAAACGAAGACAACACUACAAACAAUGUACGCGAACAACUCAACCAAAUCAAAAACCCCAUCGAGAAGCACGCGGCGGGCAGUGUCUCCAUUAAAGAAUUUGAAAACAAAAACUCAAUAAUUGCCAAAAUUAGGACGCAUAAUUCAGAAGUAGAAGAAGACAUAGAUAAACACCAGAAGACAAGAUAUACCAAACAGACAACUUACACACUGGUUGACAGAGAAGAUAAAACUCCACACUCUACUCCUGCAAAAAAUCCAAACUGGACAAAUAAACAAGAUAACAGAGACUUAGAAACAGCACAGAGCUUAAAUCGAAUGGAAUAUAUCGUAUAGCAAACAGCAGAGCUGCCGUGCAUAGCCAUUCACUAACAGUGAGGGCUGAGUUUGAAGUUUUUAAACUGGUGUGUAAUAUUUCAGUCUAAAGUUAUUAUUUGCAUAGAAUCCCUGUGUUAAUUUAAGUUUUGACAAGCUGGCUUACACUGGCAAUGAUAAUUGCUGUGGUUGGCUGGAAUACCAAGUGCUGCAUUUCACAUCUAUGCAAAACUAGUUUAAAGUGCCCUCUUAUAAAUCCAGUUGCAGAUGUAUAUGAUUGAUAUGCUUUAAAAGUAUUUAUGAACCGAAAAGACAUUCCUCUAGUGAAAAGGAUUCGCAAAAUGUUUGCAAUAGUCUUUGUUUUUUUUUAGUUGAAUUUUGGCAUUUAUAUGGGCUUUUCUAUUGUGAAUGAACAACUAGUUCUGUAUUUGAAAGUGCCUUUGCAGCUCCAAACCACAGCAGCCAUCAAGAAAAAAAUAUUUAUUUUAUUUUAUAUAUAUAUAUAUAUAUAUAUAUAUAUAUAUAUAUAUAUAUAUAUAUAUAUAUUAUUUUUUUGUUGGAAAGGUGAAAAAUGUCAGCAUUGCUGCCAAAAUGAAGAAUUUAAAGUAUCAAGCAGAACUUUGUGUAGAUAUGUAAAUAUUAUUCUUAUUUCUUUUUUAAUUAAUCACUGUGUAUAUUUGAUUUUAUUAACUUAAUAAUCAAGAGCCUUAAAAUACCAUUCCUUUUUAUUUAUAUGUAUUGUUUAGAUUUGAAGGUUUUGAUAGCUUUGUAAGCUUCCAGCUUCUUUAUUUUUUAUGACAAUUUUGUGUUUCAUGUUGCCUAAAUGCCAAAAGUGUUCUAAAAAGAAUUGUUUAUUUUUUAACAAUAGAAUGGGCAUUUAUGCCUGAACUGUUUUUGUACAACGUCAGAUGUUUGGAACAAUUUCCAUAGUAUAACUUUUGCCAGGACACUUUGUGUAAGUACUUACUAAGGCAUGUGAAAAAAAAAUAUAAUACAAGUAUAAUUUUGCUGCUUUGGGUUUAGAAAACUGAGCGACAGAUGUGUCUGACCAAAAAAACAAAAAAAACUAAGGGAACAACAUAUUAUCUGUAGGUAAAUGGUUUCAUGUUAAAUGAGUGCAGUUUAGAAGAAAGCACAGCAAUGUUUGUUUAAAUGUUAUCGCCCCCCCACCCUCCGCUCUACAAAGAACCAGUUGCAGAUAUGGCUUUUUUCUUUGUUUUUUAAUCUACUGGUUUAACAUGACAAAUUGUAAAAAGCUAGACACUGAAUACUUAAACAGUUAAAUUCCUAUUGAGAUCAAUGUAGAAUCGCCACAAGUUCCACUGCUUGCCUAACUGAGGAAUAGGUGCUUUUGCAGUGAUUUUUUUUUUUUUUUUUUUUUUUUUUUGAAGGCUCUUUUAGCAUGUUAAUCUCAUUCGUUAACCUUUGAGGUCAAGGAGAUACCUUGUGUAUUUUUACUUUAGUGUUACCAACUUAAGAAUGAAUUUGACGUGUUGUUCCUGCCAAUAUUUUUUUUUUGAAAGUAAUAUUUAUUAAAUAUUUUGUAUGAAAACAGGA